AUGGAAUCGUUUUUAGGAACACUUGGUCUACUCACCACAUGUCUCCUUCAGGCAGCUUAUUGGAACGCCUUCCAAGAAGCUUCUUCGCCUUAUUCCCGGAGCACCAUUUCUACAGCCCCCUUCUCCUGCUCCCUCCUCUCCUCCCUCCUCUGGACUACCUACGCCCUCCCUAUAGUCACACCUCGCCGCGUCCUCUUUCUGCUCGCACACCUCCUACAGUCACUCUCUCUCUCCGCCCUCCUCCUCGCCCUCAUUUCAGCUGACUCCUCCAGCUACACUCUGCGCCUGCGGCAGGUGCUGCAGCUGCUGCUACCAGCCUCUGGCCUCUCCACUCUGGUGCUCUUCCUCGGAUCCUUCUUCGCACCUUCCUCCCUCGUCAUUGGAUGGACGGCCUCAGCUGCUGCUGCUCUCCUGCUCGCCUCUCAGCCCGUUUCUCGCAUGCUCAGCCUCUUGGACACGGCCUCAUCCGCCCAGCCAUCACACGUCUUUCUCGGCUGUUCAGCUCUAGCUGCUGGAUGCACAUGGGCCGCCUUCGGCUUUGCCGCUCGUGACCACUUCAUUGCUGUGCCGUAUGUGGUGGUUGCAGCACUUGAAGCCCUUUAUCUCACUCUUUCCUCGUUCCUGGGCGCUGCCAGCAGUGCAGCGUCACAGCAGAGGGCGGCAGAGGGGUACGAGCUGGUCGCCCCUACGGCGUCAGAAUCAGGACUCACAGAGCAAUCGCUAGACGAUGCACUGGACGAGUUUGAUGAGUGGUUACAGAUGGAUGUGCUGCAUGGCCGUAGACUGGCUUAG